CGGAGAGACGCAGCUAUGGAAGGUCAGCGAGGAAGGCAGACGGCGUCACUCGCUCAAAAGCCAGCCACGACGGAGCCCAACCGUACCGAGGCCGCCCUGUCCCACACGGGAAGCUGUGGUUUCCAAAGGGGGCUGCAUUCGCGGUGUGCGGAGCGUGAUGGGGACCACACAGAGAAGACGCGCACCCGAACGCGUCCAGAAAGGGCGUUCGUAUGCACCAAGGUCCUACAGCACUUAGCCACGGGCGCGGCUGGAGAAGCAGAACUGCCCGACGUCCAGGAACCCCAGCUAACAGCCAUCCCUGACCCCGAGCCGCUCGCCUUCCCGGAGCCCCAGCUGCCAGCCAUCCCAAACUCCGAACUGCACACGGUCCCGGAUUCCCAGCCAACAGCCAUCCCUGACCCGGAGCUGCUCACAUUCCCGGAGCACCAGCCGCCAGGCAUCCCUGACCCUGAGCUGCUGUCUGUCUCAGAGCCCCAGCCGCCGGCCAUCCCUUAUCCGGAGCUGCUCACCUUCCCGGAGGCCCACCUGGCAGCCAUCCCUGACACGGAGCCGCCUGUCUUCCCCAAACCCCAGCCUUUCUUGAGCCCGAGUGGCCCGCAGACCCCCAGGCUCCUGACGUCCCAAACCGUCUUAGCCGCGAGAAGGGCGCACCGGGGGUCCAGGAAGAAGCAGAACAAAAACCCCUACAAAAAGCUCAAGAAGGUGCUAGAAAUUUUGAGGUUGAAACGCGAGGAGAUCUCGGUGGCGGCCGAGGAGGUGAAUGGGGUCGUGAAGCACCUGCUGUCAAGACUGCGGAACCGUGAGUCUGAGUUCAAAGGCGUGCAGCAACUCAACACUGGCAGCUACUAUGAGCAUGUGAAGAUUUCUGCUCCUAAUGAAUUUGAUGUUAUGUUUAAACUGGAAGUCCCCAGAAUUCAGCUACAAGAAUAUCGUGACACUGGUGCUUUUUAUCUUGUGAAGCUGGGAAGAAUUCCAAGAGGAAAUCCACUGGCUCAUUUUUUAGUAGAUGAAAUAUUAUCAGCUUCCAAGAUGCUGUCAAAGUUUAGGGAGAUCAUUAAAGAAGAAGUUAAAGAAAUCAAAGGUAUAGAUGUGAGUGUGGAGAAGGAAAAACCAGGAAGUCCUGCUGUAACACUUCUUAUCAGAAACCCUGAAGAAAUAUCUGUGGAUAUCAUUCUGGCUUUGGAGUCAAAAGGCAGCUGGCCUGUUAGUACAAAAGAAGGACUACCCAUCAAAAACUGGCUUGGCACCAAAGUUAGGACCAAUCUAAGAAGAGAGCCAUUUUAUCUUGUGCCCAAGAAUGCAAAAGUUGGAAAUGGUUUUCAAGGCAAGACAUGGCGCCUCUCAUUCUCUCACACUGAAAAAUACAUUUUGAAUAAUCAUGGGAUAGAGAAAACAUGUUGUGAAUCUGCUGGAGUCAAAUGUUGCAGGAAAGAUUGUUUAAAAUUAAUGAAAUACCUCUUAGAGCAGUUGAAAAAAGAGUAUGAAGAACUAGAUGCAUUCUGUUCUUACCACGUGAAAACUGCAAUCUUCCACAUGUGGACUGAGAAGCCACAGGACAGUCAGUGGGACCCCAAGCACCUAAGCACCUGCUUUGAUGACUUUUUGACAUUUUUUGCUGAGUGCCUCAGGACAGAGACACUGAUGCAUUACUUUAUUCCAAAGUUUAAUCUGUUCUCUCAAGAGCUAAUUGACCAAAACAGUAAAGAAUUUCUGUCAACGAGAAUUGAAUAUGAAAGAAACAAUGGAUUUCCAAUUUUUGAUAAGUUUUGAAAUUUGCAUUUGUGUAUCUGUUAUAAUGUGUUCUUGUGGGUGCGUGGUUAGGGCAGAGGUUGAAGCAAAUGUCUUCCUCCAUCACACUUUUUUUUGAGACAAAGUCUGCCCCUGAACCCAGAGCUCAGGGAGCUGUCCAGGCUGAUCAGCCAGUGAGCUCCCAGGAUCCACCUGUCUCUGCUUCCCCAGUCCUGGGAUCAUAGGUGAGCAUCACCUAUACAGCUUUUACAUUGUUGCUGGGGAUCUGAACUCAGGUCCUCUUGCUUACAACAAGUACUGUACUGACUGAGCCAUCAUCCCAGUCUGAAACUGUAUUUUGAAAUGAGAUUGGGUUAAGGCACUUCAGUCCAUUAUGGUGGUGUAUGCCUGUACAGGAGUAGAGGAGGCAGAAGAACCCUAGCUCAGGGUGACCCUUGGCUGUAUCUCUAGUUCAAGGAUCGCCUGGGCCACAUGGAAUCUACUUAAAGUACAAAGGGGCUUGGAGAGAUGGCUCGGUGUUUAAGAUCACUUGUUGCUGUUUCAGAGAACCUGGGUUUUGUUCUCAGCACCAAAUGGCAGGUCAUAACUGUAACUCCAGUUCCAGGGAACAUAGUCCAACCCCUGCACCAUUUUGCUUGCACAUGUUGCACACACACAAAUACCCAUGAAAAAUAAAUAUUUUUGAAAAGAAGAAAAAAAACCAGAAAAUUAAACUGAUAUGAUCCCAUGAUA